AUGAACCUCAAAGCCUUAUUGAAAAAGCUCGAAGUGGAUAAUCAUGGGGAGCAGGUCAACGUGGAGGGGCAAUUCAUCAAUCAAGAUACCAUCCCUCAGCCCAAGUCUAAGCGUAACUAUGGCCCUUGGAGCUUCGUAGGGAUCUGGAUGGUCACUGGCUCCUUCAAUAUCGGCGGUUAUACAACGGGAUCAUCUCUGAUAUCUCUCGGACUCAACGUCUGGCAAGCUAUGCUCGUCGUCAUCAUCGGACAUAUCAUCAACGGCUUCAUCUGCGUCGGAACAGGCUGGCCAGGUGGAAAAUACCACAUUGGGUAUCCGAUUCUUCAAAGGGCAGCAUGGGGAACCAGAGGCGCCGACUUCGUGAUCGCUCUCCGUAUCGUCCUCACCUUUACCUGGAUUGCCAUUCAACUCUGGUGGGGUUCUCAAGUGGUCAAGACUUUCAUCGGUGCUAUUUGGCCUUCCUUCUACAACCUUGCUACUCCUCUCGCCUCCGGUACCAUGGUCGUCUCGGACUUUGUAGCCUUCAUCCUCUACGCCCUGAUCUGCGCGCCCCUAGUCUUCUUUAGACCCCAAAAGUACCACCUCUUCUUUGCCGUAAGCUCGGUGGCUAUGGUCGUUUGUGUGUUUUCGAUGCUUGGGUGGGCUGUGGGGACCGCAGGAGGGCCAGGAGCCUUGGUGCAUGAUACGUCGGCUUUGGCUGGUGUCCAACCUGCCAAGGGGUCUGACCUUGGAUACGCGUUCGUCUUUGGUAUCAGCAGCAUGCUCGGAGGUCUCUCUGUCCACCUCCUUCAUCAAUCUGACUACACACGGCUCGCCCGCAAACCAGGCGACCAAGUCUUGUCACAACUCGUCAUCGUUCCCCUCGGCACAAUCCUCAACUCUCUUAUCGGCAUCAUCGUCACCUCCUGCGCUGCCCAGCUCUAUCCAUCCGAGGGUCUCCUCUGGGAACCGUUCGACCUAUUCCAGGUUGUACAGUCUGAUAGCGGGAACAGCGGGAGAACAAGGUGUGCGGUGGCAUUUGCGAGUUUGGCUUUCAUCUGCGGACAGCUGGGUUUGACGGUGUGCGGUAAUACCUUUGCGGGUGGUAUUGAUCUGGCUGGGCUGUUCCCUCGGUACUUUACUAUUCGCCGCGGAGCGUACCUCACCCUCUGCAUGGGCUUUGUGAUGCAACCAUGGUCUCUCCUCAACGGCGCUAGCCAGUUCCUAACAGUCAUCUCUGCCUUCUCUACCUUCCUCGCUCCAAUGAUCGGCAUUCUCAUAGCCGACUUCUUUAUCCUCCGCCACCGCCGCCUCUCCCUCCUCAACCUCUUCACAAACUCUCCCAAAUCCAUCUACUGGUCAUUCCACGGCGUCAACAUCCGGACAUUCGGGUGCUGGCUGACUGGUGUCAUCCCUUUCUUGCCGGGGUUUGCGAGUAAUGUGGAGAGGAGCGGGCUUACGGGGGCUAUAAGGCUCUACCGACUUGGCUUCAUUGUCGGUUUCGCCAUCGGCUUUGUCACAUACCUCCUCGUCAACCUCGUCUGGCCUCCUGCUUCACCCGACCUCGAAGACGACGAAGACCACUUCGGCACCUUUGAUGACGCUCCGACGGAAGACGUUGAGCGACAGCAGGUGGGAACGGACGAGGAGAAAGAGGACGCAGGUGAGAAGGGGUCGAGCGCGUCUGUCCAAGUGCUUGGGGCUUGA